AUGGAUCACGCAGCUGCUGCCGAAGAGAGAUUGGUGCACGAGAGGCUGAGGCAGAAGCUCAAUGAGGUCAACGCCGCCGCCCAAUCGCACCUCGCCGGUGUAAAAGACCAUAUCAAUUUCACCCUGCAGCAAGCGUAUUUCAAGUGUGCGUAUGAGUGUUUCGAUCGGAGGAAGAACCAGAACGAGAUAGACAACUGUGUGGAGCAUUGCAGUGUGCCCGUGUUGAAAGCCCAGAAUCUUGUCGAAAACGAAAUGGCUAAAUUUCAGGAAAAACUAAGAAGGUCUCUCACAGUUUGCCAAGACAAAUAUGAAUCAGCCAAGCUCCAGCCGAAUAGCAACUAUUCCAUGAAGGAUUUGGAGUCGUGCGUUGAACUUUCUGUUCAGGACAGCAUUAAUAUGAUGCCACAUGUUGCUGGAAAAUUGAAGGCAUAUUUGGCACUCGAAGAUUAG